UGACAAAGUCCUGAUGCGCUUCCUGUUUUAACUCUCUAGUCAAACUAUCAGCAGUCAGUUGGCUAUUAGAUCUCACCGAUUACCUGUAGUAACCGUGUUUCUGACCCUUCUCCUCCAGCUGUCUCUCUCUAAUGUCCCGAUAGCGCUUUUGGAGGCUCAUCAGGGGCGAUGCGGGCGUUUUGGCGUUGGUUUUUGGGGCUGAUUUGGGUCGGAGUGUCUGCAAAUCGUGCAGGAUCUCCUGUGUUUUCUGAUGAAAUCCCCUUCAAAAUCAAAUGGCCCGGGGCAGACUUCACCCUGUCAACGUCAGGAGGCCUGUACAAAGAAGAUGACUAUGUUAUCAUGACAACUGCGGAAAAAGAAAAGUACAAAUGUUUAUUGCCAUCUUUGUCCGGCAACCAGGAGGAUGACGUGAAGGAGUAUGAUGGACCGAGUCCAGCUGAGCUUCUGGAGCCGUUAUUCAAACAGAGCAGCUGCUCCUACAGAAUCGAGUCAUACUGGACAUAUGAAGUGUGCCACGGGAAGCAUGUACGGCAGUACCAUGAGGACAAGGAGACAGGGCAGAAGAUCAACAUUCAGGAAUACUAUCUGGGUACCAUGAAAAAAGGGAGUGCAGAAUCAGAAAUGGAAAAAUCCAGUGACUCUGAAUCAGAAAGAUCAAACACCAACACACAGGUGCCAACAAAGAAUAUAGAGGGUCAGCUGACACCAUACUAUCCCGUAGAGAUGGGACAUGGGACUGAAUGCUCUCUGAAACAGAAUAACCCUCGCUGUACCACAGUGCUGUACGUCUGCCACCCGGAGGCAAAACAUGAGAUCCUCACGAUCGCUGAGGUCACCACCUGUCAGUAUGAAGUAGUGGUGCUCACACCCCUCCUCUGUCCACACCCGAAAUACAGGUUCAAGUUGUCCCCAGUGAAUGACAUCUUUUGCCAAGCUCUGGGUGGCUCCCCUCUCAGACCUCAGAGUCUGUCCCAGCUGGAUCGUGAGCAGGAAGAGCUGCUCAAACCACCAUUCAGCUCAAGUGGCGAAAGAGAUCCGAGAAGAUCCAGGGAGGAUACAUCUCCAGUGAAAGAAGAGGCAUAUACCUCUACCCAUAAGCCCCUGACAGUGGGCGGGCAAGCCCAGGUCACCGUUGGCACCACCCACAUCUCCCAUCUGACUGAUGAACAGCUGAUCAACGAGUUUCUGAGUGGCUCAUACUGUCUGCAUGGGGGCGUUGGAUGGUGGAAGUAUGAAUUUUGUUACGGAAAGCAUGUCCACCAGUAUCAUUGUUUGAUAAAGAAAUCAAGUUAA